CUGCAGGGCCACGGCGGCCGCGCUCGGCGGAGGACGGCGCGGGCGCCCCGCGGGACGGAGGCUGCCCGCCGCCCCGUGCGCCAUGGCGCCGGCAAGGCAAGUGCUCUGGCUCUCGGCUCUCCUCUGCCUGCCGCCCGCUCGCUGCCAGCCCCUCCGCUACUCCGUAGCCGAGGAGGGCGAGCGCGGCUCCGUGGUAGGCAACGUGGCGGAGGACGCGGGGCUGGCCCCGGCGCAGCUCUCGGCUCGCCGCGCCCGCCUGGCCUCGGAGGACGGCCGGCAGCACUUUCGCUUCGAGCGCGGCACCGGCCGCCUCGUGGUGGCGGAGAGGCUGGACCGGGAGGAGCUGUGCGGGCAGGCCGGGACGUGCACGCUCCCCGUCGAGCUGCUGCUGGCCGACCCGCUGCAGUUCGUGCGGGUCGAGGUGGCCGUGGAGGACGUCAAUGACCACUCGCCCGUGUUCCCGGAGGAGCAAGUCACACUGAGGAUCCUGGAAAUGAGCAACCCGGGCUCGCGUUUCCCGCUGGAGGAGGCUCGGGACCUGGAUGUUGGCAGCAACAGCAUCCAGGCUUACAGCAUCGCUCCCGAGAAUGAGUACUUUAGCAUCUCCUUUGAGUCGAUAAGUGCUGAAGAUAAGAUUGUUGAACUAGUCCUGGAAAAGCCGCUAGACCGAGAGGAGCAGGCGGAGAUGAGUUUCAGUGUCAUUAGCGUGGAUGGGGGCUCUCCCCCCAGGAGCGGGACCACCCAAAUCCAGUUAGUCAUUCUAGAUGUCAAUGACAUGCUCCCAAUCUUCACGCAAGAGCUGUAUGUUGGGCAGGUUUUGGAAAAUGCUCCAGAAGGCUCUGUGGUUGUCAGCGUGGUGGCAACCGAUCAGGAUGCAGGAUCUAAUGGGGACAUCACUUAUGAAUUCAGCCAAGCAGUGGGGCAGAGCAACUCCGCUUUUGGGAUUGACCCUGUCAGCGGUGAAAUUAAACUCACAACGCCUCUGGACUAUGAGGCAGCAGAGAGUCACGAGCUCAGUGUGCGGGCCAGAGACGGCGGGGGACUGUCGGCAAUCUGCAAGGUGUUGGUGGAGGUGGUGGAUGUGAAUGACAACGCACCGGAGCUGGUGGUGAGUUCCUUCAGCAGCUCCCUCCCCGAGAACGCGUUACCCGGGACGGUGGUGGCCCUCUUUGCUGUGAGGGACCGGGAUGCCGGUGCCAACGGGCAGAUCUCCUGUGCCCUUGAGGACCAGCUGUCGUUCUCCCUGCGGCCGGCCUAUAAGAAUUACUACGAGCUGGUGACUGUGAGCGAGCUGGACCGGGAGGAGACGGCUCGCUACGUCCUCCCUGUCACAGCGGCGGACGCGGGGUCGCCUCCUCUGACGACCACCCAGACCUUCACGGUGGCCAUCUCCGAUGUGAACGACAACGCGCCUGUCUUCAACGAGACGUCGUACACCAUGUACGUGCGAGAGAACAAUGUCCCCACGGUGUUGGUUGGAGCUGUGAGCGCCUGGGAUGCUGACGUGGGGCCCAACGCCAAGGUGACCUAUUCCCUGGCCCCAGCGCAGCCCGCAGAGCAGCCUCCCUGCUCCUGCCUCUCCAUCAACUCAGAGAACGGGCACGUCUUUGUGCUGCGGCCCUUGGACUACGAGCAGGUGAGGCAGGUGGAGGUGUGGGUGAUGGCCUCUGAUGCGGGGACUCCUCCUCUGAGUGCCAAUGUCACCGUCCGCCUUGUUGUGGUGGAUGAGAAUGACAAUGCGCCGCUGGUGCUGUACCCGGCCCAGGGCAGCAGCCCGGCGCCCAGCGAGCUGGUGCCCGUUUCGGCUGAGGCGGGCUACCUGGUCACCAAAGUGGUGGCCGUGGACGCUGACUCGGGUCAGAACUCGUGGCUCUCGUACCACCUGCUGAGGGCCACUGAGCCCGGGCUGUUUGCGGUGGGUGCCCAAAGCGGGGAGGUGCGGCUGAGGAGGCCCGUGACCGAGAGAGACGCCGUGAAGCAGAAGCUCGUCGUUGUGGUGCGAGACAACGGGCGGCCACCACUGUCAGCCACGGCUGCGCUGAGCGCGCUCCUGCUCAGUGACUUCUCAGACGUGCGCAUCCCCCACAGCAGCCCGGCCACGGAGGACGACGACGGCUCCCUGACAACCUAUUUAAUCAUUUCCUUGGUCUGCGUCUCACUCCUCUUCCUUGCGUCCGCCGCAGCCUUCAUCACUCGCAAGGUGUGCAAGAGAAAGGAGCUGACGCCUGAGCGUGGGCUUUAUGGCCCCAGCAACUUGCCGAGGGUCCCGGCUGAUGCGGCCGCUGCAGGGACCCUGCCCCACGCCUAUUGCUACGAGGUCAGCCUCACAACGGGCUCGGGCAGCAGCGAGUUCCAGUUCCUGAAGCCCAUCCUCCCCAGCCUGUCGCCACAGCACCGUGCCUACGGGGGGUGGCACCGAUGA